AUGUCUCCUCCCCCCAAUGAUCAGAACAAGAAAAAAGACAUCACCACCGCAUCCGGCCCCCUCAACCUCCUCCGUCCCUUUCUCCUACUCUCCUACUCGGCAAUUUACAUUUUCCCCACCAUCAUCCAUCUCGUCUGCUCUUUCCAAUGGGGGGCAUUUUUCUCCUUUGCCGAAUUCAAAGAACAUUGGUUUUCACGCUUUUGGGCAUUUUUUGGUCCCAAAUCAAGAGAUUUUGCUGCUCCGGUGGUAUUGCCGUUGUUGGAGAGGAAUGCUACGGGGGUGUGUUUGGAUAUUGGCCCAGGAACAGGUCAAUGGCUCUCCGUCUUCGGUCGCGCUCAUAACCCCACCAUCACCAAAAUCUACGGCGUCGAGCCGAAUCGCGGCAUGCACGCUCUAUUGCGACAACAAGCCGCAGAGGCGGGUUUGAGCGAUGUAUAUGAAGUCAUAGGAUGUGGAGCGCAGGAAUUGAAGACCCGAGGAGGGAUUGCGCCGGGUUCGAUUGAUACGAUUAUUACCGUGCAGAGUUUAUGUUCGAUUCCGACUCCGCAGGUGAUUAUAAGGGAAUUGUAUCCGUUGUUGAAACCGGGGGGCAAGUGGUUGAUGUAUGAGCAUGUGAAGACGAAGUAUCAGAGUAGUUUUGUGGGGUAUUGGCAAAAAGCCAUCAAUCUCAUCUGGCCACACUUCUUCGGAGGCUGCGACAUCUGCCGACCAACGGACGAGUGGAUCUUGCAAGCGGGCGAGUGGGAAGACGUCAACAUCGUGACGGGCGAAGGCGAAGGGCCGUACGACACGAUUCCUCAUGUGUCUGGAUCUUUGACGAAGAAGAGGUUUGAGAAGCUGAAUUGAGUGAAUGAUAUGCAUGCAUGUGAGCCUCGCCUAGAAAAGGAUGGGAAGGAACUGGUUUUCUCGAUAGAUAAUUGGGCUCGCGGGAGUCGGGAGGGAUUGCAAUGUGUCAUUGCGUACCUACCUUAUAUAUGAGGACGUCGGGUUGGUUCUUGCGAAAUAUAUAUCUAUCGUGCUGGGGAG